GAGCGAACGAGCAUCAACCAGCGAACGGACGGCGGGAAGAAGUGGGGUCCUUGUCCGUUGCGCCCGUCCAGCGUCGGCGUCGGCGGAUUCCGGCCCGGCGCGCCAUGAGCCGAAAGCCGCGUCCGCGCGCGCGUAUCGCGCGUCCCGCCCGCGUUCCUUCCCCAUCGUGCCAUCAUCCAUUCCAUCCAUCGCGCCUUCCCAUCGCCGUCAUGGCGUCGUCGCUGCCCUUCGGCCUCGAAUGGGCCGCGUCCGACGACCGCGCCCGCCUCAUCUUCGUCUACUGCACCCACCCCAUCGCUCAUUGGGUCCGUUUCCUCUCCCGUCCUCUGCCGCCCGACUCCUGAACCACUUCUUUCUUGUCGCCAACCACCGCCCAUUUUGCGGCUACGACUUCCGCCUCUGCCUUGCCCGCAGCUACGAGACCAGGAACUAUUACCCCAAAGAUCCCGCCGUCCUUCGGAAAGGCGGCCUCCACUUCCUCUACGAGAACGACCUCGUCUCGUCGCCUGCGUCGCUCUUCACCGUCUCCAUCGAGCUGGACGAGCAAACGCAGCAGGACAAGCGGAGCUGCCUGCUGCGGAAGAAUGGCUGGGGCAACCCCAAUGCGUACGGCGAGGUGCGCUGCGAGUUCAACAACGUAAUCGACAUGGCCUUGCAGUUGUGGGGCUGCAAGGUGUCAUUGAGCUCCAUGCAGAGCCGCGCCGCAAUCCACGGUGGCAUUCUGCCCGCUCAGGAUCGUAGGAGGACCGUUGGGCCGCGCGAGCUUCCGCUUCCCCUCGUCCAACGCAGCAUGCCGCGCGUCUGGCGCAAGCGCGACGAAGGCACCGUGAGGCCUUGCCCUGUCUUCGUCACCGCCAAUCUACCCUCAGAGAUCAUCCACAUCGGCCUCGACGCUGAUAGCGAAUACACGCUCGUCGACGACCCGCCGGCGCCGCCAGUGACGGAAUCCUUCAAGAACUUCAUGGCCCCAGCCCUGAUCUUCUUCAUGCGUCGAAGCUGCGCCGCCGCCGACUUGUCGACCAAGUACUUUAUCAUCCUCGACGACCUUACAACGGAGAAGCUCCCUUGCAUGACCGGCGCGCACGAUGACGAUCAGCUGUUGUCCCUGCGCCGGUUGAACUGCAUGAUCGGCGACGUGUCGAACCACCGCUCUGGCCGUCCCCUGCUCCUGCGUUGUUCUUUCGGCGCGUGUGCCGACAUUCUCGACGACGCGACGUCCACUUUUACCGACACCGACCUUGGCUACGACGCCAAUUGCGCUGCUGUUGAACAUGGCGGCUGUUUUCGUUACAAGAUCCGCGAACAUACCUGCCGCGCUUUUGGCAACCUCAUCGAUCCCUCGGUCAGGCUUGGGUCUGGCAACAGUCGCAUUGUCGAUGAUCGCGUCUCCGGCGAGCUGUUGCAUCUUUUAGAAUCAAAUGCAGCACACCCUCAGAUGAGGCCAGACCAUGUCCCGCCCGAGCAAAUGCCAAGCCUCGAAUGGAUCUUAGAUAGCAAGCCGAACGUCAUCGGCAGAGCCAACCCCGACUUGUUGAAAGACUGGCAGAACAUCUCCGAGUACGAUUACUAUUACGAUCAACUUUCUCAGCGCUACGCACUGGGACUCUCGCAGCCAGCAUCCAGCGCUGAGCAAAGCUCGAGUGUCCCGGUGACGCUAUAUGGCCCCCGCGGUGGUACGGUGUCGCAGGUUGCGGGGACGAAGGCUUCGGCGGGUGAGGACAAAGCGUCGAGGUCGGGAGCGAAGAGGGUCGACAGCUUCAUGGACUCGGACGCGAGCGACUCGGAAGAGGGGUGGUGCGGGUACAUUGCGCUCCCGGAAGCCACGGGAUUGACACAGAUGAGCUGCGACUGA